AUGCAAAGCAUUAAUGAUAUUUAUCCGGGUAUUGAAGAGUUGGAUAGAGAAGAAGUUUUGGACGUUUUCGUCAGUUAUAGACGUUCUAAUGGGUCUCAAUUAGCCAGCCUAUUGAAAGUACAUUUACAACUGCGAGGAUUCACUGUAUUCAUUGAUGUCGAGCGACUCGAAGCCGGAAAGUUUGACAACAAUUUGUUGAGUUCUAUACGACAAGCGAAGUAUUUUCUAUUAGUCUUAACGCCAAACGCAUUGGACAGAUGUCUGGAUGAUGUCGAGUGCAAGGAUUGGGUCCAUAGAGAAGUGGUUGAGGCCCUCCAGAGUAAGUGUAAUAUAAUUCCAAUUCUGGACACUUUUCAAUGGCCAGAAAGCGAAGCGCUUCCCGAAGACAUGCGCGCCAUUUGUUAUUUCAAUGGAGUCAGAUGGAUCCAUGACUAUCAGGACGCGUGUGUCGACAAAUUGGAGCGCUUCAUGAGAGGAGAGAUUAGUAAACUGGAGCUCAACGCUCAGCCGCCGUCGCGGCUGUUCCUGACAGGAGGUCCGGGCACUCCGUCCACGCCAUCCAUGAGUAGCGUCAAUAUGAGAGCACCGGUA